AAAAUUUUAAAUGGCAUUUCAGUGUUAGAUAGGCGUCGGUCGACGACGCAUCCGAGAAGGACGCGGGUUUUCGGACUUUGCCGACUUGCUCGUGCAAUUUUAUCAAUUUUAUUAAAUCGACGCCCAUAAAACUCAUCACGAACGAACGAUACGAUUUUCUCGGUUUUUGUGCGAAUCGUGGAUCAAUAAUCGCGAACGAAUUUCAAAAAUUUAUUUUCAUCACUUGAAGUAUAAACGAUAAGCAACGGUUUACGUUAAAUCGGUGCAAUCGUGUUGGUUUAGCUGAAUAAUUUAUUGUUGACGGAGACGACAUGACGACUGCCAUCGAUCCAGUUGAUAUUGCCAAUAUUCUUGCUCAGGAGCUGCUGUACCAGCAGCUGGCGUCUUUGGAUGGUCUGCACAGUGGGGUACCAACUCGAACAACUCCAACACUGACUCCAACAACUCUCCGGAGUAUUGAGCAGACAUUUUUGGAAUUGACGAGUGAAUCGGGACAGCACAGUCGUGAGGCGGGUUUUGUGCCACCCCUGGUGGAGCCAUCACAGCCAACACCAGCUCAGACCCAGAACACGUGCUCACAGCAGCACCAUAACACUGUUCUACUGGAGAAUCAGCAGUCGAGACCGAUUCAACAGGCCAGGAGGAACAUGGGAGGUAGAAGACCCACCAGGACAAUUGGUAUGUCACCAGAGGAGGAAGAGAGACGACAAGUCAGGAGGGAGAGAAAUAAAAUGGCUGCUGCUAGAUGCCGCAAGCGAAGAAUGGAUCACACCAAUGCUCUACUUGAAGAAACUGAGGGCUUGGAGCACAAGAAGCAGAGCUUGCAGGACGAGAUUCACCAGCUCCAGCAAGCGAAAGACGAAUUGGAAUUUAUUCUGGAGGCACAUCGCGCUGUGUGCAGACUCCGUUCAUCAUCACCACCGGAUAUUAAACCCGUGAUAAAAGCCAACAUCCCUGGGUACAUGGCGUCACCAGAUCGUGACACGUCAACACCAAAUCUACGACCAAAUCGACCUAACUCUCUGCCUGUUGGUUUUGACAAUAAUAAUCGACCUACUACCCUCAAUUUUGUGGAGCCAAAGCAGAGACCGGAUUCACUGCACUACAAAACAGUUGAGACACCUGCAUUCAUGAAGGCAGCUAAUGAAGUUGCUGGAGUACCAAUUACCACACCAUCCAGUGGAAUUCCAUUUAAUUUUGAUUCACUCAUGGAGGGUGGCACUGGAUUGACUCCUGUGUCAACUCCACUAGUACCAUCUUGCUCCAGUCAACAGAGAAAUAAUAUUUCAGCUGUUGAUCUCAGCUCACCAGAUGCUAAUCCACCAAAACUCGUCAGCUUGUGACGCCAGGAGGAUAUCGAGGGGACAUCCAAUGAUGACGAAAUUGAUUAGAAUUGUCGUAUGAUUUUUGGAGGCGUGUGGAGAAUAUUUCAUGUGAAUUAUUAUGAAAUUGCACGGGAAUUUUUGUCCUGAGGUGUCAGGUGCAAUAAGCCUUUAGGGAAUUUAUUUUCACACGCGAAUUCUCGGAGGAAUUUCAGUGAUUCUCGUUGGCGUUUCGCCCCUCGUGAGGGAGGACAAUUAUUUUUUACGGUGGAUACAUCACACGAAGAUUUGAGGAACAGUUGCCAUAAAUGUAUUUUUUUGAAAUAAGAUUUCUCUCUUUAGAGUAAUUCUCAUUUUCUAUUGAUCACUUUUUUUUUUUGAGAUGAUGAUGAUGUGGAGAUGUUUGCAAUAAAGAUUGGAGAUUAACUCAUGGGGUGUUUGAUUUUGAGAUAAUUGGGGGGAGUUUUUGAGGAUAAUUACACGAGGAUUCUCAGUAUUGAGUCAAUUGUCCAUGUUUGAAAUCGAAAAAUUUUUAAGUCUGAAUUUGAGAUGUAGGGGAGAGCUUUAUAUUCUGAAUUUUUACGAUUUUAUACGAUUUAUCGAGGGAUUGCUGUAGAAAGAAUAAAUAAUUGGUGUGUGAGAAAUAUUAUGAUGAAUUUAUUCGUCUUGCCCUCGGGAUGCAAGGAAUUUUGUGCUCAAUCGUGAGAUCAUUGAUUGGUUGAGGCAUAAUAUUGAAAAUGUUUUUGUAGCUCAAACCCUCAAUUAAUGUAAGAAUUACGAUAUCUAUGAAGAUGAAGAAAAUGAAUUCUUCAAUUGACAAUAUCUCGGGAUCACUAGAGUGAAAUUUCAUGUACUUUAUUCCAUUUUGACGAUAAUUUUGUCGUCUUGAAAUGACAUUCGUCUGAAUUGCAUCGUUCGAUCCAGAGAUAUUGCAGAUUAAGUGGAUCUCGUUCUACCUUUUAUUCGCCUCGGCUUUAAUUCAUUCCUGAGUAUUUAUUCUGCUCAAAUUCAAUCCUGGAUUAACGAACACUCACUGCAUGAUUGAAACUUAUUCAGGCAUUGCGAGCCUCGAUUUCUCAAGUAAUAUAAAAGAGAAAAUUUUUCUAUUACACUUUUUUGGAGGGAUUCACGGGAGACACAGCGAGUUCUCAAUCCCUCGGCGUAAUACGAUAUGACGAUAUGAAUUUGAUAGUCUACGGAGAUUUUACAUGACUUUAAGCAAUUAAUAUAUUCAGAUGUGUGUGGUAAUUGUUGUCAACUUUGCAAUCCACAUUUGUACGAAUGUACUCGAAGAUAGGGUAACAUUGUAAUACACCGAUAUAUUUUUGAGAUAUGAGAAUAAAGAGUAAUCGAUUUAAAACAAAA